UGGCAAUUGUUCCAGUGAGCUUCAAGUCUGCUGAAUUAGCAGCGGUAUUGUAAAACGCGGCAAAUUUCUUAUUUAUGGAUCAGUAUCAUUCCAUUAUUCUUCAGAACGGAAUAAAUGUAGAUUUUAUUUUGAAAGGAGCCUUGUCUGCAGAUAUAUCUGGUGCAGCUGAAGUAUCUAUGUGGAAUAAAAAUUCACAUGCAAUUGUAAAAAAUACAGGUGCUCUCUUAGUUAAUGGAUUUUGCCGUGUUGAUACAUCAUUUGUUGAAAGUCGUGUGGAUUUUGCUUUGGGUGGAAGCUCUUCUCUAAAUAUCGCUGUAGAUCUUGAUUUUUCCAAGAAACCAAUGAGGAUUUGCUUACAAGCUGAACAACCUAAUUUCAUAUUCAGGCAUAAUGUAAGAAAAACUGAAACUAUUCCAGGGAGUAAACAUCUAAUCAAAACUCUUAAACGAAGAAGUAUCCAUUUCCCUGGCAGAUCAUUCAAUCUGCACAAAAAGAAUUCAGAUUCCUGUAAAGAAUUGCUGUUUCCUAAGAAAGAAGCAUCCUUUUGGUAACGAAAUGUGUAAAUAUUGGUUAUUAAUAUUGUUAAAAAAAUAAGUCAGACAUCAUAUCUGUAAUUUUUAUUAUUUUAACAAAAUCUUAUUUCCUCUGGUCAGAGAUAUAUUCAACCAUUUCUUCACUCUCUACAAUAUAAAAACUAAGUAUUUUGUAAGGAAAAUUAUAUUUUCAGUCACUUUUUUCUGGACAUUAUAUGAUCUCAAUUUUUAAAUCAUUAACUCAUUUAAGAUACUUAUUUUAAUUCUACACAUUGCUGUUAAUGUAUGGUUUUAAAAUUAUCUAUUUUUACUUAUUUCAAAGGGUGACCAGAAAAAUUCCCACAGGAAAAAUACUCAAUAAUGCUCACACAAAAAAAGCCAUAGGGAAAUAUGGCCACACAGGAAAAAAAAAAAAAAAAAAAAAACUCAUUUGCUUAAUCUUCUAAAUGUUUAUACUAUAAAAUAUAUAACUUAGACUUACUAUUAUUUUAUUUUUUAACAGUUAAAAUUAUAAUAAUUUUUUAUUGUAUAUUCUAUUUCAUCUUUACUUCUUACUCCUCCCCUUUUUACUGCACAUUUGUUAGUCUUAUAUAGCUAUAGAAUCACACAAAGGUAUACAGUUUGUGAAAUAUAUACCAUAGAGUUUUUGAAAAUUUAAAUUAUUUUUAUUUAAAAAAUGCAAGUAGGUGCACAAUGUUCAAAUCAAUUAACUAUUGAUUGACUAACGUAAGGAAAUUUCUACGUGAUUUUUUUUACUAGUGGGAUUAUUUCCAUGUGAGCUUUUUCUGUCAGCAUUAUUCUGUGAGGGUUUUUUUUUUUUUUUUUUUUUUUUGCUUUGUUCCUAGAACAUUUUAAAGUAUCAUUCAUUAUUUAUUAAUACCAAUGUAUAUUAAAUACAGGAAGGCCCAAACAGCAUGCUAAAAAUAUCUGCUUAGAAGAUACUGCACAUCAUGUAUAAAUUUUCAUGAGUGCAAGGGAACUUCUAUUUGUUGACAUAGUUACUUAAUCAUCAGAAAACAGGAUCUCGUAUUUUGUUACUAAAUCAGAUACUGUUCUUAUCCUUGAAUAGUAGACAAAAGUUGCAAUUUACACAGAAAGAGUUCCACAGAGUUCAUUGAUCUUUGUAUUAUAUUUUUGGGAUCCCUAACUGUGAUAAAGCUUUUUUGUGCUAAUGUGUAUGCUUUUGCUUCUAAAUAAUUUGACUAGAAAAACCUGGCAAAUUUCAUGAAAUGAAAUAUACUUUCAAAAUUGAGCAGCUAUUCCUUAAGUGUAAAGGUUUUCUUCAUUCUGCAUUUUUUACCAAAUUUGCAUGAAACUAUGACAUUGGUUGUUUUUGUAAAAUUCUCAUGCUUUAUGUAUGUUUUAAUUUGUCAUAUUGGUAGGUUUGUUGCCAGAUUUAUUAACUUCUUGCAUCAAGAUUUUUUAUUGCUCCACAAACUGCUAUUUAAUUAGACAAAUUGCAAAAAUAGCAAAAAUUAGAAUGUCUUGAAAAUGAAUAAAUCCUUAAUACUCAAGCAAUUAUACUCAGACUCAAACAAUCACUACUUAGUAUGAGCUUUAUUUCCUCCUAAUUCUUUAAAAAAUUUGCUUAAAAUAAUAUUAAUUAUUUUUGUAAAAUUUUCUUAUGAUAAACAUAAGUUCCUUAAAAGUUAAACAGUCAGAUUAAUAAAGAAGGUUAUGACAAAACUCUCUCCCUUCUCUAUAUACACAUAAACUUAUAUACUCGUAAUAUAGUAAUUGUAUAAAUAAAUUUAUAGAAAUAUAAUACAACAGUAGAACACUUUUUGUCAUGUUUUUUGAACCAUCCUAUAUUAGGCAGAAAAGAAUUUUUAGAACUAAAUUUUAAAAAUCCCAAACCAAAGAUGUAUCUAAUUUUAAACUAAAGAAUGAUUAAUAACAAAUUAAAUGCUUACUUUCUCUUUCAAUAGAGGAGUAAAUAUACAUAUAGCUGAUGCACAUUUGCAUUGCGUAAAACAAAACAUUUUACUCGGAUUACUAGAGAAAUAUUAACAAAUUCAUUAAGUUAUUUUAAUAUACUGUUAAAUAUUUAUAUUGCAACUGUACAGAACAUGUUGCUGAAUGAAGCAUAUUUCUUAUAUCUGUUGCAACUGUAAACUUAUCAUAUUUUAACCAAUUAUUUAUUUAUUUAAUAUUAUUAUUGAUGUUGUGUACAAUGUGUUAUAACUUUAUUUAAAUUGUUAUCCAAAUUAUCUGAUGCGGUUCUAUAAAGCAUAUUUUGUUAACUUGAAAUACCUGUGUUCCGAGCAAAAAAUACGCUUGUAUAUAUUUUUGAUACAGAAAUAGGAAGUGAUGAAAGAAUAGAAGUUUUAUGUAUAAUUCUGUACAUGAAACCUUCCAUUCAUCAAUCAGUGCCAAAUACUUUCGUUUCUUUAUUAUAACUAAUCAUUGUAAAUUCUGUUUAAAAAUUUUUAUCACUAUUUUUAUUAAUUUUUAGCAGUAAAAGAGUUUUUAUUUACAGAAAUUAAAUUUCCGAAAUAUCUAAAUAUUCUAUGUUAUAUAAAGCAGUUUUAAUAGUACUCGGUCAUGUUACUUUUUUCUCUUUAUUCUAUGACUAUAACCUUUGUAGCAGAUUUCUAAAUGUGCAUGUUUUUGUGCUUUUUAUUACAUGUAAAGGCCAAAGAUUACAUGUUCAUUUGUUUUUGAUAUGCACAAUAAAGUUCAGACUUUUGAAA